GUUUGUCGUAAUCUAGAGUAGUUUCCUCGUGAUCUAGUAUAGUGUCGUGUGUCUCGUACGAUGUCUUCCUGCAGCGCGGGCGUCGUGUUUCGCGUGUGCUCCUGAAAACAGGCUGCGGUGACAAGUGCGAAUUUGCGUAACGCUAUGGGUGCUAAGGCGAGUACCGCGAAUGGGGGGCAGAGUCCGCGCGCCAGGACAUUUUCGACGAGCAGCAGCUCGGACGUGGUGUCAGGGGGGGCGGGUUUCAGUUUGCUGCGGGCGAUACCGGGGAUACAGGUAUCGAGUGACCGCCAGCGCGCUCGAUCAUUGUCGUCGGUGCCGGACCUGCACUCUUCGCAUGAGGCGAUUGCGAUCCCUCCCAACUCGGCGAGUUAUGAGGCAUCAGCUGCCGCCAGCCCUGACACGGACUCAAGCUCCAACGACGAGCCGGGUCCCGUUCCUGGGACCUCACUCGCUCUCGGCAGAGUGUAUGCUGCCCACUCCUUGCCUUCACAUAUCUGGUCUAUUAAUGGUAUAAAAUGUCCAGUAUGCAGCAAGUUCGUGCUGCCGGACGAUAUCGAGUGCCACCUCGUCAUGUGUCUCACCAGGCCCAGGCUAUCCUACAAUGAGGACGUGUUGUCGGAUUCGAAGGGCGAGUGCGUGAUCUGCCUGGAGGAGCUGAGCGCGGGCGACACCAUCGCGCGCCUGCCUUGCCUCUGCAUCUACCACAAGGGAUGUAUAGACCAAUGGUUCGAGGUGAACCGAUCGUGUCCGGAGCACCCUGGCGACUAGUGCGCCCGCCCUGCGGCCUGAGGCCCCCGGCCUGGGGCCUCGAGGCCCCCCCGUGCCAUGUCGCGAGUGAUAGUUUUGUACCGAACAGACUGCGGCCCCCGGCCUUGUAAAUAUAACGCUAGUGAGAUGUUUUACCGUGUAAUGAUAAAGACAAUCAAUGGGAAAUUCUCGGUGGAGUAUUAAUAUUAACUUGUAAAUUUUACAUCGUUAUUCGUUUAGUUAACCGAUAGUUUUAUUUGAUAUAUAUAUAUUGUAUGAUAUAUCGAUGUAUGUAUCGUCGCAUUGUCGCAUCGCGUUGUAUAGUUUGCCGUAAGGUGUAAAAGUUUAAGUUGAGACACUGUGAUCUUCGCGGUUGCAUAUCUGUUUCGUAAGCUUAUAUUAUGAUUUGAUCUUAUUCAUCUUGAUAAUAAAGUUGAUUUG